CUCCCCCUCCUCACGGACUUUUUUAACACCCCCCAACAACAGCGAAAAAUAAAGGAGAUGCGAAAAUAAUCUCCUCUUCACGGCCUCGCUUCCUCCUCCACCCUCCUCCUUCCUCCCUCCAGAGAUUUCCCCAACCUCGCCGACCACCCCGCGAUCGCUCCCGGGCUCCCCGGAUCCCACCUCGAGGGCGCGGCCAUUCGCCGCGGGAAGAAGCUUCGUGGUUUGGGUUAGGCUCUGUGGGCGCCUGCUGUGAUCCUUGCCCGGGGUUCCCGGGGGAAUGCUCUACCUCAAGCUGCCGGGCGCGAAUUUAGGGUCCCGACGAGGGGAUCUGCUGCCGGCGGCGGAUGCGUGAUUGAGUUUUGAGCCGGCCAGCGUCCGGGAUUCGGCCGGCCAUGGCUUCGACCGCGGGCGCAGACAGCUGCUUGCAGAGCUUCGAGCUGUAUGAGGCCGAGUCGAAAUUUUAUAUUCUUGGAACUAACAAUGACAGAACAUUAUGGAGAUUACUAAAGAUUGAUAGAACGGAACCAUCAGAACUCAACAUAGAUGAGGAUUGUACUGAGUACUCACAUAGUGGAUAUCUUGAUCUGAAAAAAGUUCUAGAUGAAGACCAUAGGUCAACUGGCGGAGUCAAUUUUGUUACAAACUGUUGUGGAAUCAUCGGUUUCAUUAAGUUCCUUGGACCUUAUUACAUGUUAAUUAUCACCGAGCAGAGAAAAGUUGGUGCUAUAUUUGGCCAUGCAGUUUACCAAGUUACUAAGACUGCAAUGAUUGAGUUAUCUAAUUCCAAAACAAGGCCAACCCUUCUUAACUCCAAGGAUGAGAAUAGGUACAAGAAGCUCUUGCAGACAAUAGAUCUUAGGAAGGACUUCUUUUUCAGCCACUCGUACUAUAUCAUGAGAAGUCUCCAGAAGAAUUUUAAUGAUCCGCAGGAAGGAUGGGAACUAUAUGACACAAUGUUUGUAUGGAAUGAAUUUUUAACACGAGGGAUGCGUAAUGUUCUGAAAAGUACCAGCUGGACUGUUGCAUUAGUCUAUGGUUUUUUUAAACAGGAUAAAAUCACAAUAUCUGGGAAGGAUAUUAUGUUGACGCUCAUUGCUAGACGCUCGAGGCAUUAUGCUGGAACCAGGUAUUUAAAGAGAGGUGUGAAUGAGGAAGGGAGAGUAGCAAAUGAUGUUGAGACUGAGCAAAUUGUUUUUGAUGACAUGCUUGGAUCUAGGCCAAUAAGCUCUGUUGUGCAGAACAGGGGUUCAAUUCCUCUAUUUUGGUCCCAGGAGACAUCGAAGCUUAAUAUUAAGCCUGACAUCAUAUUGCAUGAGAAGGACACGAAUUAUGAAGCUACCAAACUUCAUUUUGAAAAUCUUAGAAGGAGAUAUGGAAAUCCUAUCAUUAUUUUAAACUUGAUAAAGACACGUGAGAGGAGGCCACGUGAAUCCACACUUCGUCAAGAAUUUGAUAAAGCAAUCAAGAUUAUAAAUAAUGGUCUACCAGGCGAAAAUCAUUUGAAAUUUUUACAUUGGGAUCUUAAUAAAAGCACUCGAAGCAAAACUACAAAUGCCCUCCAAGUACUUAUGAAAGUGGCAUUUGAAGCUCUGAACUUGACAGAGUUCUUUUAUUGUCAAGUUUCCUCGGCUCAAACACCCGGGAAUUCCCUUAAUUUGCAUGCUCCAUUGAAGAAUGGGUGUGCCCCUCGUGUAUGUGACAACGCGUACUGUGUCGAUAAUAUUGAUGACAUCCCCCAAGAAGAUACCUGUGGCAGUUCUGAUACCUCUGCUAAUGGAAUUGCAGAAGAUCUACCCACUACCAAUGGACCUACGCCAGUAAAGCCUCCAAAAUUACAAAAGGGUGUCUUGCGCACAAACUGUAUAGAUUGUUUAGACCGCACAAAUGUUGCACAGUAUGCCUAUGGUUUAGCUUCUCUCGGACACCAGUUGCAUGCACUUGGUUCUGCAGAAUCCCCAGAGCUUGAUUUAGACUCCCCAUUGGCCCACCAUUUGAUGCAUUUUUAUGAACGGAUGGGUGACACACUUGCUUUACAGUAUGGUGGUUCGGCUGCACAUAACAAGAUAUUCUCUGCAAAGAGAGGGCACCUUAAGUUCGCUAUUCAAUCUCAAGAGUUCUUCAGGACAUUACAACGAUACUACAGUAAUGCCUAUAUGGAUGCUUACAAACAGGCAGCAAUAAAUUUAUUUUUGGGAUACCGUCAACCGCAGCAGGGCAAAUCUGCACCUUGGGAGCCAGAGUAUGUUGCUGGGGAUAAUGUCCUUGAUGACAAUACAAGUAAAUUGAUAAAAAGAGGAAGAUCGGAUGGCAGCAUUCUUCGUAAAAGCAACGCUUCCAUGUCCAGCUAUGGUGGAAACGGAUUGUCGACAUCAGGAUUUAGUGAUUUCAAAAAUGAGCUACAAUCUCCAAACUGCCGUUCUGAUUCAGUGCAUGAGAUUUCAUCAACCUCUGAUGAUGUGGUGUCCAAUGCAAGGUAUACCCCGACAGUGCCUCAUAUUAAGUACGCCAGCUGCGAGUUUGACUAUUGCAAUGGUUCUGGGGAUUCAAAUUUCCUGGAUCUUGACUGGCUUUCAGCUUCAGGCAAUGAAAGAUCAAGAGCCGUGAGUACUCCUGAUGUGAAUGUUCCAGCUGAUAAUGGUGCCAGUGGUGUAACCUCUACGAUAAUGGAGGGCCACGCUGCAGAGAUUCAGGCUCAGGGGUUAUCAGAGAAUUUCAUGCAGUGGGUUAAUCAGGGUGAGGCCUUCUGGUACUGACAUCGCCAGAAGAUUUAUCCAAGCUACGUGAUGGCAAUGGCAUUCCCAACAUACUAUCGCAAGGAAGCCACGCCAUCCAACAAAUCUUCUAGUGAAGUGUACUAUUCUGUUCAUUUGUUCACCAGUCAUUUCCUCUAGGCGAGUAGAUAGGCAUUGUUCUUAUUUUUCUCAAAGGAAAGAAAGAAUGUAGGUAGUGUAUUAUUCUUUGGAAGUGGUACCAUUGUUCAUGUUUCCGUUCUGUAAAUAUAUAUAUGCUCGAUUUCGCCUGAGUUGAGGUGGACUCCGAAGCACCGAUUCUCCCUCAAUAUCUUUGGCCGGGAUAUCUUGAAACACUUGCCUCAGAGACUGUUUCUGUAUUUUUGGUCUCCUAUUUAACACUUGCCUCAAAGACACCUCUACUAUGUAUGUUGGAAACAUUUCAUGUUCUAUCGUCUAA